AUGAGUAAGAGCGAUUAGGAUUAUUAAGAAAUACCCUUAUAAAAGGAUAUAAUACUGUAAAAAAAGAAAGCUGCUGAUUAAAAUUAAUAUGAGUUUAAGCUUAUUAACAGAAGACUAAAUAUAAUAGAAUUUAUAGCUGAUUUUAGUGAGUCUAGAGGCAUAGAAUUGAAAGAGUCUGUUCCUAUUAAAGCUGGCUCCAAUGGGUAGGAUAAUGUAAAAGAUAUAUAAAGAUAAUCAAAAAUACAAAAAACAAUUAUUUAACCUCGCACAGAUGAAAUAGUUUGUAUAGUUAAAAUAAUAGAUUCUGCAUAAUGGGAGCUCAAAAGUAAAUUUAAGUAUAUAAUUAAGCCAGCUCCAAAAGAAAAGUAGAAAGAUACAAUUAAGGAACAUGACGAAGAAAAAAAGAGAAUAUAAGAAGAAGAAAGAUUAGCUCCGAAAUUAAAAAUUUUACCUUUAUCAAUACUAACAACAGGGGAGUGCUUACAUUAUUUAAAGUAAAUAUUAGAGAAAGAAAAGAAAAAGAAUGAUGGUUUUUCGAAAUACAUAGAUCCUUACUUUUUGCCAAUUAAUGAUAGUAUUUUUGGAGAAAAUGAUGGAAGUGCAUUUGAUACACUUAUUUAAUGGAGGAGACCUGAAAAUAUCUUUGAAAAUACUAAAGAAAUAAGAGUUUUCCCUUCAAAAAUUAAUGUUUGUGAUAUAAUACCUGGAUAACUGUCAAAUUUUUGGUUUCUUUCUUCAGUAGCUUUAUUAGCUGAAAAGCAGGAAUGUAUCAAAAGGCUUUUUCUAACUUAAGAUAUAAAUGAAUAAGGCUUUUAUAGAGUUAAAAUAUGUAAAAAUGGAGAGUGGCAAUCUGUAAAUGUAGAUGAUUAUUUUCCUUGCUAUCCUUUAGAUGGUCCAAUAUUUUCCCACAUUGAUAGUCAACAAGAUGAAGAUUAGAGCGAUAUUUCUAAAUCUUCAAAUAACAAUUGUCAUUAAACAUGGCUACUUAUAUUAGAAAAAGCAUAUGCUAAGAUUCAUGGAGAUUACUUUAAACUUAAAAAUGGAUCAUAAAAAAAAUGUGAAAAUGCCUUAAUUGACCUUACAGGAUGCCCUGUUGAAAAAAUAAAGAUCGAUUCAAAUUCAGAAAUUUAAACCAUUGAAAAUUAUAAAAAUAAAAGAGGGUACUUGAUGAACCUUUAGAAAGAAGAUAAAUAAAAAGAUACAACUGGCUAUGCAUAUUAUAUUAUUAGGUUAGAAAACUAUGAUGGUACCUGGCUUUUUAACAUAAGAGACAUUUGGGAAAAUCUUUAAUGGGAAGGAGACUGGAGUAAUCAUAGCGAAUUAUGGGAUGAUAAAGCUAGAAAAUAGCUUAAUCCAGACCUUAAUGAUCCUAAACAAACAUGGAUGAAAUUCGAAAAUGUGAAGGAAUAAUUUAAGUUUGUAAAUAUUUGUAAAAUCUAAGACUGGAAUGAAGUGAGAAUAAAAGGAAAAUUUGUGAAAGUUGUUGACACUAAUGACUCCUCUAUUGAAACUUUUAUGUCAAAAUGGUACUAUUAGUUCGAAGUUACAGAAAAUUGCUUGUAAAAAGCAAAUAAUAACAUAGAAGUAAUUAUCACUCUUCACUAAGAAGAUGAAUUAAUAAUGGGUGUUGAAGAUGGUCGUCCAUAUUUAGAUGUUUAAUUAGCAUUAUUCUAGUUAGUAAGCAAAAAAGGCUAUCAAAAUGAAAAUGAUUAUAAAAAGAAAUAAGGAAAUGAUAAUGAUUAUUAUAAGAGGCUACAUCACACUAAAUUUACAUUGAUAAAAGUUUCGGAUAAUUAAUUUUAGCAUGAGAGACAAAUUUAACUUUCAUUUUAAAUCGAAGAAAAAGGAAUUUACAUAAUUCUACCCAGAACUAACGGACUAGGCUUUAGAGAAUCUAAAAAAAGUAAAAUGAAAAGUUUUCUUAGAAAAAAAAAUGAUAAACAAAGCAAUAAGUCAGGUUAAAAUCAAGAAAAUAAAGCUGAAAAUCAAAGAUUAGCUCAAUUAGUUGAAUCUACUCUUUUAGAUAUAUUUAGAAAAUUUGAUAUGAGACUUACUAGAAAGAUGUCUGAAUAGUAAUUUGUGGCAUUUAAAUAUUGCAUGGAGGAAAAUCAAGCUGAUGAAUAGGAGUUCAGAAAAGAAUUUUAUGAUUUAUUAGAAGAAUAUCCAAGCCCUGAUAAAUGUUUGUCAUAGGAAGGGUUCAUUUAAUAUAUGACAGAAAAAAUAAAAAAUGAUUAAAAUUAAAAUAUUGAUUCAUUCUUAGCUAAAUUUAAAAAAAUUGGGUAUGACGAGAGCUUAUAUAGUAUUAGAUCUAGGUGCUUUAUUAUUAGUCUACAUAGCGAUGUUCCCCUAGAAGUGAUAGUUAGAGAUGCUAUAGAAACUGAUUUAGAUUAAAGAGCUGCUAGACACAUAUUCCAUAAUACUGAAAAAGAAACGGAUCAAAUUAUUACUCAAUUUAAUAAAGAUUUUAAAUACUAAGGAGGAGAUUAAUCUAAUAUGUAAGCAUAUGUUUAUGCUUAGUACUAUAAAGAAGCAAAUUAUACUACGUUCAUAGCUAAAAAUUAAAUGAGGGAUAAAGCCAUUGAGGUUAUAUUUGACUUGUAAAAAGCUAAAAAUGAUUUAAUUUUAAGUACAGGAAGAUCAAACCUUAAAAAGAAAGUAGAAUUUAAACCACCAAAGUAAAAAGAAAUUAAAGAUCCAAAUAAAAAAGCAUAAGGUAAUCAGGAUGUUAAAAAAAGAUUAUCGAAAAAUUCAAACAAUAUUAGUAUAGAAGUUUUAUUCCACAUGAGAGGACCAUAUAAGCCAGAGUUAGAAACAUUUAGGAGAAUAUGUCAAAUAAAAGAGUGUGAGGAUUGA